AUGGCGGCGUCGCUCCUGGCGUCCGCGCUCUUCCUGCUCUCGUCGCUCAUCUCCGCCAUCCUCUUCUCCCCGCGCUCGCCCCCCCUCCUCCUCGCGCUCCCGGGGAAGUGCGCCGGAUCUUCCUCCCCGCGCUCGUCCCGUCCGCAAUCGCCCGCGCGGGCGCCAGUGGCGGGUGGGUGUGGGAGAGGCAGCGCCUGGGUCUUCCGUCCUUCAUCCUUGCAGCAGAUGGCGCACUCCUCUCUUUCCCCUUUCUUCGUACCUCUAUUCCCCUCCGCAGCAGCCCAUCCAUCCCUCCGCAUGGUUCCACCUGCUCAGUCAGACCUCCCUGCCGAGGCUCUACUGGGGAAGGCUGUAUCUGGCGCCGCGCAUGGCACUGCAACUAGCAAGGGCGAUGGCUCCAGACACCCACUUCCCCCCUCUCCUGAUGCAGGGCUGGUGGAUGCUGGUGUGGGGGGGCUUGGGGAGGGGGGACGCGGAAUAGGGGUUGUUCUUCCUGCUGUUGAUGUGAGUGAAGGGGGGGAGAGGGAGGAGCAGGGGCAGGGGCAGGCGCAGGAGGAGCAGAGGCAGGGACAGGCAGAGCUGCAGCAACAGGAGGAGGGGGGUGUGGGGAGGGAUGAGGAGGAGUGGAGUGCGGCAGUGGAGAGGGUAGUGGAAGAGGCAGUUUCAGACGCCUUCUCCCGUGCCCAGUUUCUGCUCGCCUCUCUUGAUUCCGUGCGCCGGGCAGGUCGGGCAGCACAGAAAGCUUUUUCUGACCGGAGCUUUGUUGCUCUUGUGGAGGAGGAAAUGGUUUUCCAUUUUGGAGGGGAGGGGGUGGAGGGGGGUGGGGAGGGGGGCGAAAAGAGUGGUGAGAAGGGGUUGAGAGGCGUUGAUGUGGGUGUGGGGGGAAGAGUGGGUGAGGAGGCAAGGCGGAGGGCGGAGGCUGUGGUAAGAACAGUGGUAGUGAUGAUGGGUGAGAGGGGUGAGGAGGGUGUGGAAAGCGCUAGGAUGGGCGCAGCAGGGGAAGAAGAGGAGGGAGAGGGAGGAGAGGAGGGAGAGGAAGUAGAGGAAGGAGAAAAGCAGGGAGGGGAGGAGGGAAGGAAAGGAGCUGCUGGUGGUGGUGCUAUUGGAAGGCGUUUUAGGCUGGCAGAGAGGCUCAAGGGGUUGGGUGACGUGGCACGAGACAAGGUGUGGGACAUGGCGGAUUCUUUUCUCUCUCGCCUGCGGGCUGCCGGGCAGAAAGUGGUGAGCGCAGAAGAGUUUCUUGCUGCCCGGGCGAGGUAUGCUGCUGUCCGGGUGAGAGAUGCUGGCAAGCGUGUUUUUGAUCGUGUGGUGGAGAGCGGUCGGGCAGCCAGGGAAGAUGCGGAGGCUGCCCAAGAUGCUGUGAUCGCGACCGAGGCUGUGCAGAUGGAGCAUGGGGGGGAGGGGGAGAGGGGGGGAGAGGGGGUGGGGGAAAGUGAGGUGGGGCAGAUGGGGAGGGCGUGGGAUGCUGCAAAGGGUCGUGUGGAGGAAGGUGCGGAGAAGUUGCGGGGUGAGGUGAAGGAAGGUGCGGAGAAGUUGGACGAGGUGCAGGAAGGUGCUGAGAAAUUGCUGGAAAGGGUGAAGGAAGGUGCUGAGAAAUUGCCUGCAAGGGUGAAAGAAGGAGCUGAGGUAGCAUGGGAGGAGGCGAGGGAGAGAGGCAGCAAGAUGGGAGAGAAAGUGAAGGAAGGUGCUGAGAAGGCGUGGGAAGAGGCGAGGGAAGAGGGCAGCAGGGUGGGUGGGAAGAUGAGGGAGAAAGCCGGGGAGGGAUGGGAGGCAGUGGAGGGGGCUGGGGAGAAGAUGAGGGAGGGGGUGAGGAGGGAGGGAGGAGGCGAGGAGGAGGAAGGCGAGAUGGGGGAUGGGGUGUGGAUGGAGGUGCAAGGAGUGAGAUUCUUCCAGCCUGGGGGAGCAUGGGCGGAGGAGGCAGGGGGUGGGGGCGGGGAGGGGGAAGGGAAGGGCGUGGGGGACUGGGCGGAAGCAGCAGGGGGGAUGGGAGGGGGUUUGGCGGAGUGGGGGGAUGAGCUGCAGCUGUGGCUGCUGGCGGCAGCAACGGUGCUGGCAGCACUGCUGGCGCUCAUUCUGCAACCGCUGUUGACCUAUAGCAUGGAGGAAGCAGCAGCUCUCUGUCGCGGCCCCUCCUCUCCCACGCCUUACCACAAGCGCCCCCGCUCCUCCUGGCGUCUGCGUCGCCACUCUGCACCGCAAUCCACCGCACCAGCAGCACCAGGAACCCCUCCGCAAGCCCCUCCACCCCUCGCAACUCACCCUGAGGAGGCCACGGAUUUCUUUCCAUCCUCUACCGAGGGUUGA